AGUUGGCGCUGAGCAACAAUCCCCCAGUUGUGUGCAAGCUGCAAACAAGAGAACAUCACAUGGCAUCUCGCGGGAUGACGGAACGCACGCCGCUGCGGGCCGCCGCGACGCCGCAGUAUGUGUUCGGCGCUGACCGCUUGUACAGAAACAAAGUGCGGCAGUUUCAGUGUUGUGUCUGUGCAACAGUGCUGGCCUGCUUUGUGGUCGCCAUUGUGGCCACUGUGGCCUACUCUGUGGAUAGGAACACAGAAGAUGGCAGAAACAGCAAUACACUGGAUAACAUGUCAGCGCAGAAUGUUUUGAUGUCACUUCCUGUUCUACAGUACCCCCUGUUGGAACAAGACAACAUCACUUGGAAUGGUGAAAUGCCUUCUGUGGCUCAACUAGAGGAGGCCCUGAACAUUGGUCACACUGGUCUGCAGGAUCGUGACCAAUUAGAGGUGGCCGGAGUUCACCUGGAGAUGAACUCUCCUUCCUACAGACAUCAGAUGGCAAUGAGAACCAGGCCCGAAGCCACAAGACUUGCUCGCGCUGGUUACGUGUUGAAUCUGGCCACAAGACACCUGGCAAACAGCAUGCUUAGAAGGCGAAAUAACAGCAGAGAACCUGUGGGGAGGGGACCCUCUGUAGAGGCUGACUGGAUGCCUCCAGAAGCAUGUGCUGAUGCAAGUACAUCCCCCUGCCUGCCCACACCAUUCCGAUCAGCUGACGGCUCUUGUAACAACCUACUACAUCCCUUAAAGUGGGGUGUUGCCUUACGUCCAUUCCGGAGAAUUCUGCCUCCUGACUAUGCCGACGGUGUGAUGGCGCCAAGAGCUGCAUCUGAUGGUGACGCUCUGCCAUCAGCCCGAGAAGUCAGCAUCACACUGCAUCGGCCGAUAUACAGGGAUGACCCAAAAUUCACAGUGAUGCUGGCCGUGUGGGGACAAUUCAUAGACCAUGACAUCACAGCCACGGCACUUAGCACAGGUAAGGAUGGCAGUGCGAUCUCGUGCUGUGGGAUGAAACCAAACCACCCAGAAUGUUUUCCCAUUCAGCUGUCUGCUGCCGACCAGGACUUCAACGUCAGCUGCGCAGAGUUUGUGCGCUCUGCCCCUGCUCCCACCUGCAGUCUGGGUCCACGGGAACAGCUGAACCAGGUGAGCGCAUACCUUGAUGGCUCUAUGGUGUAUGGAGCGAGCCUUAACUUGACCGCACAGCUGCGCAGUAUGAGAGGUGGGCGAUUACACAUGUCUGUAACACCCGAUGGACGAACUCUGCUUCCUUACUCAGUAGAUGCCUCUGAUGGUUGCAACCGAAAGGAACAGAAUGUCCAGGGCAGAUACUGCUUCCUGUCAGGAGAUGCACGAGCCAAUGAAAACCUGCAUCUGACGACAAUGCACCUGUUGUGGGCACGCCAGCACAAUCUAGUGGCAGACAGGCUACAGGACCUCAACCCAUCCUGGGAUGAUGAACGUGUGUUCCAGGAGGCCAGGCACAUUGUGACAGCCCAGCUGCAACAUAUUACAUAUUCAGAGUUCCUCCCAGUGCUAUUGGGUGACGAACUCAUGUCCCGUCUGGACUUGAAUCCACAGCCAUCUGGCUAUUUCCACGGUUACAGUUCAGCGGUGGAUGCUUCCAUUGCUAACAGCUUUGCAACGGCUGCGUUCCGGUUUGGGCACACUCUGCUACCGGGCCUCAUGAAGGUUCCGAGCAACAACACAGAGGAGUAUGUGGAACUGCACCGCAUGCUGUUCAACCCAUAUGGCUUGUACGUGCCUGGUCACCUGGACAGUGUACUCAGAGGGGCCUUGGACACCCAUGUUGAAAAAGUUGACCCUUACUUCACCAACGAGGUGACUGGGCAUCUGUUUGAGCAACCCAUUCCCUCUGCAGGCCCCCACGGGAGAGCACGCGGACUCGAUCUGGUGUCCCUGAAUAUCCAGAGGGGAAGGGACCAUGGGUUGCCUACGUACACUGCCUGGCGAGAACGCUGUGGUCUCUCGCAUCCAGGAAAUUUCAGCGACAUGAGUGACUUCAUUGAUGAAAAGUCUCUGGAGAAGAUGACUGAACUGUACAGAUCUGUGGAUGACAUCGACCUAUACACGGGGGCACUGGCUGAACAGCCCCUGGAAGGGGGUUUCUUGGGCCCAACUCUGUUAUGUCUCAUAACGGACCAGUUCGUCAGACUCAAGAGGGGAGACAGGUUCUGGUACGAGACACCAGAGGUGCCACAGGCCUUCACACCAGGACAACUGGCUGAGCUGCGCAGGACUUCCCUUGCUCGGAUCAUAUGUGACAACGCAGACUCAGUCCACAAAGCCCAGCCACUCGUCAUGCACACCACUGGCCCCGGAAAUGAGCGUGUUCCUUGCAGCUCCAUCCCUGGGCCAGAUUUUUCCUUGUGGCAGGAAGAGGGUCUACAUCACCUGAAGCUUGGGUCGCUGGGGACAGGAGUCCGUGUGCUAUCCACACGUCUGGGUGCCCAUGUCCCGUCUGGUUACGUAGUGUCUGAUACGGGUGCUGUGCUUUGGGAUGGGCAGACCCCAGUCCCACUACCUGUUGACUUCAGCUUCAGACCUCUCUGGGCUGGGACUCUGACAGGGGACUCUCUCAGUGGCAUUUUCUCACAGCAGCAAAAUUCCCAGCAGUGGGUCAAUGGACGCUUCUUCUUCCAAAUAUCAACGGACUGGUUCCAGUCACGCCCCUCAGAAAUGUCAGGGGUCUUCACAUCACCUAUCUACUUCAAGGAAGUGGAGCAGUUCGAAGUACCUGCAUCUCAACCGCCAUCCGCUGAGCUUCCUCAGAACAAAUCUACUCCAAGUGUUCAGGCCACAUCACUGCCACCAACAGCGCCCAUAGUUCUUGAAGGAGCAUAUUCUGGUGACAGAAAGUUAUUCUGGUGGUCUGGGGGCAUUAUCUUAACAAUUCCCAGUUUAACUUAGUAUUGAACUGACAUCACAUAAAGUCAGACUGAUAACACCAAUUUUGGUGAUGAAAAUCCAGGAAUAUUCACAUAAGAACGUGGAUGGUGUAACUUGUGGGACGGGGGCUGUCAGGCACUGGGGCAUCCCACAGUGACCACGGUUAGAGGAAUCAGCUGCAACCAACCACCUUCUAACUAACAUUUUCGCCUGCCACAGCCAAGCACAUGACAUGGGAAAGACAUGGGUAGCAAACACACUACAUAUGUACAAGGACUGCUACAGCUGGCUGCCCAAGUCCCUGCCACUGACACGACAGUGGGUGAAGCACUGAUAUGGGUGCAAGUGUCUAAAAUAUAUAUUAUGAAUAUGAGAUGAGAGUCAUGUCAACUGUAAACAUUUCCUGUGAAGUUCUAUCACUGGCAGCUCAUCAGACAGAUGCUGUGUAAUGACUGUUCUGAACCUGUUCAGGUUCAGGACUGAUCCUUUUCAAGCACUUCCUCUACCCUGGUUACUUGCUUGGUCUAUACAAGCCUGAAGAUGGAGUCCACAGCACCACCAACUUCUGCCAGGCUACAGUGUUGCAUCCCAUCCGAGGUUCUCACAGCACUGACCAUGAAGAGGAUGUGACACUUGGUAGUAGGGUAGAAGCUGGUGAUGUUUUGGCGGAACAUGGACUCCAUCAUUAGGGUCAAGGAGUAACCUGCGCAAGAAAAGAAAACACUUUCUUUCCUCUUUCCCAUGGUGCCCCCCCACAGAAAAAAUGGCAAAAAUCUUCAAAAUUUCAUUUGCCCUUUUAAGGCCCAUUGUCUCAGGCUAGCCUGCUUUGCAACCCUGAUUGUCCUCCCUCCCUACAGCUCUACUUUCUUACUCUUCCUUCUACCCUGAGGACAGAGGCAGCAGAUUUCUCUGAAACGUCAGUACCUAUCACACCACAUGCCAUCACACCCCAGAAGGCAGUGCUCAUCGUACAACCUCUUUGUUAGCCGUCAACACAACAAAUAUCAAGGCCAACGCCCAGCUACGUCAUCAGGCAAAUACAUGGUUAACAUAUAUACACCACUGAACUGCAGUACUGUUAAACUGGAUACAGUACUAUUAAACAUAUAAAACACUUGACGUAAAAAA